CGAUAGGAGCAGAGCAGAAAGGCGAGAGAAAAGUUUUCCAAAUGGAUUUCUGUGGUGGAAUCAGACAUUUGUUAUUCUCAUAUGUACUCAUUAACGGGAUAUUAAUUACCUUACAAGCGACAGAAGAAGUGCUUUUGGAUAUGAAGGCAACAGGAGGAGAGCUGGGCUGGCUGACUUGGCCCCCAAACCAGGGAGACAGAUCCGGGUGGGAGGUCACACAGAAAACCCUGAAUGGCUCUCAGUUUUAUACCUACUCCAUAUGCAACGUUGGGGAGCGCGAGCAGGACAACUGGCUGCGCACCACCUUCGUCCAGAGGCGUCCUUUGGUCUCUCGGGUUUUUGUGGAACUUCAGUUCAUUGUGCGAGACUGCAACUCAUUUGAUGGAGCCUCAUUAACUUGCAAGGAGACGUUUAACCUCUAUGCAUCCGAGGCGGACGCAGAUGUUGGCACGACCUUCCGCAAGGGACAGUUCAGGAAGGUUGCCACAAUAGCUCCAGAUGAAAUAACUAACAAAAAUGAAAUGCGCAUCAACAAAGAGACUAAAGUUGUGGAAAACUUAUCUCAGAAGGGUUUCUACUUGGCCUUCCAAGACAUCGGAGCCUGUGUCGCUCUCCUCUCUGUCAGGGUGUACUACAAAACCUGCCCGGCCACAACAAAGAGCCUUGCUUUGUUCCCUGAGACUGUAGCUGGAGGUGAGAGCCAGGCGCUCAAGGAGGUGACUGGGAGAUGCGUGGACAAUGCCGACAGUGAGGAUUUACCUCGCAUCUACUGCACUGUGGAUGGGGCAUGGGUGGUUCCAGUUGGACAGUGCCAGUGUAAUACCGGCUUUGAAGAGGUUGAAGACUCCUGUGAAGUGUGUAAGCCAGGCUUCUUCAAAGCUGAAGCAUCCAGUGAGAAGUGUGAGCCUUGUCCUGCCAACACCCAGGGCCAGAUGCCUGGGGCUUUGUUUUGUCCCUGCAUGAAUGGCUUCUACCGGGCUGAUACAGACCCCAUCAAUGGACCCUGCUCAGGCCUCCCUUCUGCCCCUCGAGAUCUAGUGGCCACGCCCAGCCUUCUUUCUCCAGGAAAACUCCUUCUUUCCUGGCUGCCGCCUGAAAAUACUGGAGGUCGAAACGACAUCACCUACACCGUUGAGUGCCAGCGUUGUGAGGGCUCAUUAUGCCAAUUCUGUGGAGAGAAAAUUCGCUAUGAGCCAGCCAACACGGGCCUGACUGACACCAAGGUGUCAGUGAGCGAGCUGGACCCCUACUUCAACUACACCUUCGCAGUGGAGGUGCACAGUGGUGUGUCCAUGUUUGCUAAUCAGGCAGCACCACGCAGUUUCAGGCCACCGUCCUCCGCCACACUAAAUACAUCUCUUCACUACACAGAUCCACCCAAAAUUACUUCUAUGCGUCUGGUUGAACGGGACUCCACCAGUUUGUCUCUGUCCUGGGAUGUUUUCCCUCGUCCACGGGUCCAAUCCCAGCCUAUCCGCUAUGAACUCGCCUACCGCAAGAAGGACAAUAAACCUGAUGUAACUACAUUCGUUGUGCUAAAACUGGAGAAAAGCUCUGUGCAGAUCAACGAUCUUUCCCCAGGCACAGCUUACCUAGUCAAGGUCCAGGCUCUGGGCACUGAUGGCACCCGUGGAGUUUCCAGCUUGGAGGAACAAUUUGAGACGCUGUCUGAAGGACACCUUAACAAGACUGCUGUUAUCCUUGCAUCAGCGGUUGCAGGAGCAAUCAUGCUGUUCAUAGUGAUCGUCACCCUUUUCCUGCGCAGACGAAAUAGAAAUGCACAUACACGGCAAGGACCGGAGGACACCUACUUUUCAAGCCCUGAGCAAUUAAAACCACUGAAGACCUAUGUGGAUCCACAUACAUACGAGGACCCCAACGUAGCUGUCCUCAAGUUCGCCACUGAAAUCCACCCGAGCCACAUAACCAAACAAAAAGUCAUCGGAGCUGGCGAAUUUGGUGAAGUUUACAAAGGCAUCCUGAAAGCGCCUGGGAGGAAAGAGGUGGCAGUGGCUAUAAAAACGCUGAAGCCCGGCUACACAGAGAAGCAGAGGCAGGAUUUUCUGAGUGAGGCCUCCAUCAUGGGACAGUUCACCCACCAGAACAUCAUUCGCCUGGAGGGAGUGGUCACCAAAUUUAAACAUGCAAUGAUUGUGACCGAAUUCAUGGAGAAUGGAGCACUGGAUAGAUACCUGAGAGACCAUGAUGGUGAGUUCUCAUCUCACCAGCUGGUGGGAAUGCUGCGUGGCAUCGCCGCAGGCAUGAAGUACCUUUCUGAAAUGAGCUAUGUUCACCGUGACCUGGCCGCCCGCAACAUCCUGGUUAACACGGUUCUGGAGUGUAAAGUUUCAGACUUUGGCCUGUCCCGAGUGCUCGAGGAUGAUCCUGAGGGGACCUACACAACCAGCGGAGGUAAGAUCCCCAUCCGCUGGACAGCACCGGAGGCCAUAGCCUACAGGAAGUUCACCUCAGCAAGUGAUGUGUGGAGUUUCGGGAUUGUCAUGUGGGAGGUCAUGGCGUUUGGGGAAAGACCUUACUGGGACAUGAGUAACCAUGAGGUGAUGAAGGCCAUCAAUGAGGCUUUCAGGCUGCCAGCACCCAUGGAUUGUCCAUCGGCCGUCUACCAACUGAUGCUUCAGUGCUGGCUUCAGGAUCGCUCCAAGAGGCCGCGUUUUGGAGACAUCGUCAGUCUGCUGGACAAGCUCCUGCGGAGCCCAGACUCACUUAAGACCAUCGCAGACUUCGAUCCACGCGUAUCCAUCCGCCUGCCAAGUACCAGUGGGUCAGACGGCUCGCCCUUCAGGUCAGUCUCUGAGUGGCUUGAGUCCAUCAAGAUGAGCCAGUACAGCGAGAACUUCACCCAUGCUGGGAUCAUCACCAUGGACCAGGUCCUGCAGAUGAAGAACGAGGAUAUUAAGAGCAUCGGGGUGAGAUUGCCUGGCCAUUUGAAGAGAAUAGCUUACAGUAUCUUGGGCUUAAAGGACCAGACCAGCACCUUGAGCGUGUUUGCUGUGUGAUCCUCUGAAUGAAAAGGAAGUAAAAUUGGACACAGGCAGCCCUUUGAACUCCAAGCUGAGCUGGAGCAUCUCUGCAGGGACAGCAUUGGAUCAGCAGAACCAAGAGAAAAUGUGCCAACCUAUGGGCCAAGUCAACCAGACAGAUUUACUGUAUGUUCUAGAUUUCUUCAUCUUUUCCACUGGGAAAUGGAGCACAUACCCAACAACAUAUGUGUCAAAUAGACUUUUGAUAUUUAAAUUGCUAUUUUUUGUACCAUACUUGACUUUCUUACAGAUACAGUUUUUGUCCAUUUAUUUUUGUCCAUUUUCCACUCCUGCAUCAGCUUCAUGAAAUUGCACCCUGAGUUUGUUACAAACAAAUAAACAGGGAGAACUUUUAUAAACGAGCAGCAGAGUCCAGUCAUGGUUCAGUUCAUGGUAGGUGCUGAUAUCUCUGAAUCUCUUGCUCUCUUGUCUUCUGUCAGGACGCCGAGAGGCUGAAAUGAGCUUGAGCUGGUCCUGAUUUAGAUAGGAAAAGACAGGACCUGUGUUGUGACUGGCCUCCUGCUAGUCCUGUGCAGAAAUUAAGCUAUGAUCCAAUGGGUGAUGUUAAUAUGCAUAAAAAACAUAAUGGUGAGGUACUUUUUCUACAGCUUAACUUUUAUAAAUUCUUGUUCGCCAUUAACUGUUACAAAAAACUACAGCGAAAAAAAGACCAUUUUUAUUUGGAACUUAUAAUAUAACACUUGGAGAAAGACUCAUGUUCAAUUUUGUGAUUGCAAACCAAAAAGGGCAUUUAUAACCAAAAAUGGGCAAAGUAUUCAUAUCCUUGGAACUAUUUCACAUUUUGUCACUUUUUGUUGGGAUUUCAUGUAAUAGACCAACACAGUGAAUCACACAUUUGAAGUGGAGGGAUUUUUUUUUUUCAUGUAGAAUGGAGGACAUAUAUAAACUGUCUCUGCUAAAGAAACACAUUCCCACAGCAUGAUGCUGCCACUACCAUGUUUCAUUAACUUUUACAUGUAGGCCAAAAAGUUUAUAUUUGUCACAAGAGCCAAGAGUGCCAUCUUUCACGUGUUUACUAAGUCCCCUGCUUUGUCUCGGGUAAACUGCGAAGGGGACUUAUUAUGACUAUCUGGCAACAAGGGGUUUAGGGUCACGCUUUAAUGGAAGCCACACUUCCAUUAAAGCAAAAUCUUUAUGUGCAGGACUAAUGGCUGUCAUUUCAACAGAUUCUCCCAUCUGGGAUGGUGAUCUCUACUACUAUACUUCCACUCCAUUCUGUUUUAUGACAUAACCCUGCCUUAAACGUGUCUAUAACUUUAUCCCUGACCUGUUUGGCUUGUUCCUUGGUCUUUGUGAUGCCAUUUGCUGGAUUUUAUAUCUGAGUACGUGGACUGAAAGGGUUGAAAACUAUCUAUCCUUUUCCUUCCAUUUUGCAAGAAUUCACUAUUUUGUGUCGCUCCAUCACAUAGAAUAUCAGUAGAAUUUAUAGAAACCUGUUUGUAUUGUGACAAAAUGUGAAAAAGUCCAAGGGGAUAAACAGCAAGGAACUGUAUAUGAAAGUCAGACUUUUUGUGACUGAAAUGAGUUUAGGUUAUGCAAAACUUGUCAAAAAUGAAUAUGACUGAAGUGAAAAGAUCAUAAACCCACCAAAAAAACUAAAACUUCUUACUGCUGAGACAUCCUAACCAUAAUUUGUUUUAUGGUUUAACUGUCUUGCAUUUUGUCAGCAUCUUUAUAAACAGUCAAUCAUGAUUAGAGUCGGUUAUCGACAGGUUGAAAUAAAAAAUGUUUUAGCAAUGACCUACUUGACUCAUUCAUGACAUUUGAAGAGCUUUUUAAAGUGCCUCUUUGUGGAAGAUAAACACGAGUCUGCCUCUUUCUCUUUAAAUAAAGCGGCUCUUCUGUGUAGCGAGUAGUUUGUAGUUGAAACUCUUGUGCUCUUAAUCCAUGACUGCAAAUUUUGUGUGUUACUGAAGUACACCUUCUUUUACUUGAAUUUUUACUUUGUUAAAUGUAUGAUUCUGUUGUAGCUCAGACACUAAUUUUAAAAAAAAGGGAUUUAUUUUUUUAAAACCCAGUUAAUAUCUGGGUUUAUUGGUUGGAGUUGCCUUUUGUACAUUUUGUAUAAUAUCCAGUAAUAAUCAUAUUUCCUAACUGCUUUUUUGUGUAAUGUGUUCUGAGCUCUCAACUUUCCAAAAGUUUUUUCAUCUGUGAGCAAACCUCUCCUUCCUUUGCAAAUUCUUCUCUUUUUGUCUGCUGUUUUAUACUGUAUUUAAUAGUUUAUUUAUUUUUGAGCUGUUAUUUAUUUAUCCUAAUAAACACUGAGCUGGGUUUGUAAUUGGAGGUUGCUCAUUAAGCCUUAAUUAAAAGAAAAAAAAAAACACCAACAAAACCAUUUUCCUCCGUUUUAUUUCUGAACUGUUCUUGUCUGAGAUUGCAUUUUUGGUAAAUGAAUAAAGUCUUAAACUGAAUUUA